AUGAACUUUGACCCAAAAUUCACCAGAAUUGUCAACACGCUUUUUUCAACUCAACAAGCACAUAUUACAGCAAGCGGUAAAAUCUCAGAACCUUUCAAAGUUGAGCGAGGAGUUAGACAAGGAGAUCCAUUAUCUCCACUAUUGUAUAUAAUAGCUUUCAAUUCACUCUUAGUAGCUCUACAACAAAACAUACAAGGCAUCAACAUUAACAACUAUGUUUUCAAACUAGCAGCAUAUGCAGAUGAUCUGACAGUGAGAUUCAGCUCUACAACAGACUGGGAUAGCUUCACAAAUACUAUUAACAAAUAUGAAAAGGCAUCAAAUGCUAAG